UCAGCAAUAGAUCAUCAUGCUAGGUUGGUCAGUGAUGUCUAGUGGUGGGUAACUAUUGUAAAUAGUAAAUAAUCAAUGCACAGUAAUAUUGUAGAGCUUACUGUAGGAAAAUGUGCAGUCUUUGGAGUGGUUUUUACUGGAAAGCACAUAUUUGAUCUUGGCUGGAAUGCCUGUAACUAUAGCCUACCCAACUGAUUACAAAUUUAAUUGAGAGCUUUUACCAUAAUAAUUUGCUAAUGCUGCAAGAGAUACUAGCCCCAAAUAUAUCUUUUGAGAAAUGCUGUUGUCCUACCACUCACCUAUAGAACAGAAAAUUUCAAAUCAUAUGCACUUAAGCUUAUCUCUACUCAAUGUCUAUUCUUACAGCACUAUGAUAACACCUUAUUUUGUUUUUGAUGUUUUUAAAGCAAAUAGAGUCUGUAUUGUUAAAUUUCAAGUUGUACAAACCAUUUUAUGACCAAAAUUAAGAAAUUUAUGCCAUCAUAGAAAAGAAAGUGUUGUUACAAUGGAAAGAAACCCGAAAGUAUACAAGAUAUGGAAAGCGGACAAGUCUGCAAAAAAGUUGGUGGGUGCCAGUACCUUUGACGAACUCUCUGAAAAAGUGGAAGCCAAGUUUGCUUUUAAAGGACAUUUUUGCCUAGAAGAUGGUACUGAGAUAGAAGAUGAUGAUGCUUUAUGGUCAUUAGAUACUGACAAAAUCAUUUAUCUGUGCAAUGAUAUGCCUUUCAUUCCAGAAAAAUUGGAUUUGUCGACAUCGGACUCUGAUGCGACCGUCCUUAAUUCGUCAUCUACUAGUUCGUCAGAUGAAACCUCAAAAAAUUCAGGACUCUUCCCCAUACCACUAGAAAGAUUCCCAUAUGGCUUUCGUCUCAGCUUAAAUAAAAGAAAUAGGCCAUCACCAAGCGAUAAAAGGGGUGCAGCAAAAGUUUUGGCAGACAAAGUUGUUGAGUUGAAUGGAGCAAAGGGUAGAAAGGUGUUUUUUUCAAUUGCAAGAAAUGUUGUUGAACUGUCUCCAAAGUCAUUUUCUACUGACAUUGGAGAUGGCAUAGAAGCGUUUGCAGGUUUGAUAGAAAAUGCCUACUAUAACCAUCCUGUAGUUCGGCAACGAUCUAAAGGAAGUUUGAAGUCAAAACUGCAAAGAGAUGAAAAGGGAAGCAGAAAAAGAAAAGGCAGCAAAGAUGCAUACGGAUGUGUCGAAUGGCAACCAGACAGCUACGGCGAUGAUGAAACAGAAGAUUCUCAAAAUCAAAAGCAAAAAUGGCUACAGCAACAAAGUACAGUUGAAGAAAAGGAUUUAAUGAAGAUUAAAGAAUAUAUGACUAUAACAUAUCCCUCACAGCGAUUUUUCAUAAAUCAAGAGCCUGCAAAGUCCAUGGAGUGUGUUCGAGAGGAAUGGCCAUUCCUUUUUGAUGUUCCACAUUAUGAAGCCCACUUUUGCAGAUUGACUGGGACCAGUCCAGAAAUAUACCAAGACAACAUGGAAAAGAAAUCUCAGUUGCUUUAUAAGUUUUUCAUGGAACCCAAUCAGUCUGAACACUUUAAAAAGUGGCAAACAAGCAUUGAUGAGGCCAAAGUUGUCACAGGAAAUAACUUACCAAUAGUAGGAGGAGUAGUGUUAAUGGCGAUGAAUUAUUUCAAAGAAGACAAUAAGACACUGUUCUUCGAAGUGGAUGUAAGUACCAAUUUGCUAUUUCUAUACUAAAUUUUAAUUUUAAAGUGGAGUUCUUAAAUACUGAAUGUGCAUAUUUUUAUUUUUAUUUACUGUCUGUAUAAUUACUUUGCUUAAUAAAUUUUUACAUUAUCUAUUUACUAUUGAAAAACUGUAUUAUGCUGGCUACUGAACAUGCAAUCUCUUAAAAAGAAGAUAAACAUUGUGUAAAAGAAGUUUUUAUAAUUGAAUGAAUGGUUUAUUUGUUGAAUAAAUAAACAGAAACUAUGGACUAGCGACCAUUACAGAAUUAGGCACUUGCGCAUAUCGUAAGAUAAACUUUAGCAGACUGUAGGAAGGCAAUCCGCAUUUUUUUUGUGGGGUUUUGGGGUGGC